CUUGAACGUUUCUUUUGUUUUUGCUUCCGCCAUGCCCUCACGCCAACCUCCGCCUCCGCCGCAGCCGCGGCCUUUGGUUUCACUAACCGCCUCUUCACCACCACCGUCUCCACGUGAACCAGUCCAGACACACAAUCAUCGCCACCGCAGUUCUAAUCUCAUUCUACCAGUCGCCGGAUGCGCUGCCGCUCUAUCUAUUCUUUUCUUUAUAGCCGUUCUCUACCGCAAAUUGUCCCGUAAUCGGACGGUUCCGGCUGAUCUGAAGCCCCCUCACCGCUUUUCAUACAAAGUUCUCCGCCGUGCCACCUCUUCCUUCUCCUCCUCUAACCGUCUAGGCCAAGGCGGCUUUGGUUCCGUCUAUCGUGGCACCCUUCCCUCUGGCCAAGAAAUUGCUGUUAAGAUCAUGGAUUCUGGUUCCUUGCAGGGGGAGCGCGAGUUCCAGAACGAGUUGUCACUCGCUGGUAAGAUCGACUGCGACCAUGUGGUGUCGCUCCUUGGCUUCUCCUGCAACAGGAAGCGUAGGCGGCUGCUUGUGUAUGAGCUUAUGCAUAACCGGAGCUUGCAAGAUGCCUUGCUUGAUCGCAAGUGUCCAGAGCUGAUGGAAUGGAAGAAACGGUUAGCUGUUGCAAUCGACAUUGCCAAAGGUCUCGAGUUUCUCCACACCGUCUGCGAUCCUCCAGUGAUUCACGGCGAUAUUAAGCCCAGUAACAUCUUGUUGGACAGUUUUUUCUCCGCCAAGAUCGCUGAUUUUGGUCUCGCUCGAUUGAAAAUUGAAAACUCCGAUUCCGUCGCCGUUGAGAUUGUCGUAAAUGAUGCGCCGCCUAAAGUUAAUAGAGACGACAACGGAUCUAUACUUGAAGAGACAGAGAGCGUGACUACGGCUUAUGAUGACGGCAAUGCCGGUGUGGACCACUCGCCGGGGAGUAUCAUCGGGGUACCUGAUGCCGAAGCGUCACCAGAGACGACCUUUGUGGCAGAGGCGUCGCCUUCUGAGAUCUUGGACAAGACGAGCGUGUCAGAGGGUUAUUUCGAUAAGCUUAGCGUUGACAGUGAGAAGGAUGUAAUUAGUGGCGGCGGGGGAAACCGGAAGGGCGGCAGGAAGAAGAGUGUUUCAGGGAAGGACUGGUGGUGGCGUCAGAACAAUGGCGGAAGUGCUUCUGACGCUGGGAGCGUAAAGGACUAUGUGAUGGAAUGGAUUGGGAAUGAGAUUAAGGAGAGACCCAAGAGAGAUUGGAUUACAUCUUCAGCUUCUGCUGAUGAAGCUACGGGUACGGGUACGGUUACGGUGAAGCCCAGUGGGAAAUCAGAACGGAAGAAACAGAGGCGUUUGGAGUGGUGGAAUUCGCUGGACGAGGAGAAGAUUCCAAAGAAGGAUAAGAGUCGACCGCCGCGGGAGUGGUGGCGCGAGGAGUUCUGUGAAGAACUUGCUAAGAAACAGAAGAAAAAAAGCCUCAAGUCCCGAAGCGGUAGUAGUGCUGGAGAACGUUGGUGGCAGAGGGAUGGGGAUUCGGUACACGAGAGGAGGAAGAAGAACCGUAGCAGGAGUAGUCGAAGUAGUGUGGAUUGGUGGUUAGACGGGCUCAGCGGAGACCUUAGGAACGGUGGUUCGCGCAACAGCCAGGACUGGGCGAGCGGAGAGAUUCCCAAGAGUGGCGGUGUCAGCAGCACCCCAAGCAUGAGAGGCACCGUCUGCUACAUCGCUCCUGAGUACUGUGGUACUGAUCAGAUCUCUGAGAAGUGCGAUGUUUACAGUUUUGGGGUUCUGCUGUUGGUUCUUAUCUCUGGCCGACGACCUCUCCAGGUGACAGCUUCACCCAUGUCGGAAUUCGAACGAGCCAACCUUCUAUCAUGGACUCGUCAUCUUGCUCACGCUGGAAAGUUGCUGGACCUUGUCGAUCCAUCCAUUCAGUCUCUGGACCGAGUUCAAGCACUUCUCUUCAUCACAGUUGCGCUUCUUUGCUUGCAACGCUCGCCUGUGCAUCGUCCCUCCAUGAAAGAAGUUGUGGCGAUGCUUUCCGGUGAGUCUGAGCCUCCCCACCUCCCUAUUGAAUUUUCCCCUUCACCACCCUCUAAUUUCCCGUUCAAGUCCCGAAAGAAAGCUCGGGGAGUUAAUUGAUGUUUCUCCCGCCAUAAAAAUUGAAAAAAAAAAACAAAAAACCUUCCAUUUUCCAUUGUUAUAAGCCAUUUUUAUUCACCUCUAUUUUUUUGGUGGAUGAUUUAUUUAUCUAAAAAAACAAAGGAAAAGAAGAGGAAAUAUAGUUCAUGAAUUAUUUUUCUGGUU